ACUUGUAGCGGAUUAAACAGGAAGCAAAUUUAAGGCGCCACUUUUGAGUCUCUUGUUGACAAAGUAGUUUGUUUUGUUUUUUUCAUUUUGUUUACUUCUCUGUAUAUCGCAGAAAUGUCUGAGAACACCUUCCCAGUGUAUACCGUGGAUGCUAUAGUUAAUUUCUAUCGAACAGAGGUUUUGACCGGACAAGAGGCGAAGCACUUAACCAAGAGCGAUCUCACCCCUACUCCAAAGCCUGAAGCAGUUCAGACGUUAUACAUGAGAGUGCUGCACUUCCUGUAUCGUUUUAGACAUGAGUGCCACUCCAUGCUGCCACUCCUGGAGAACAUCCAAUAUCCUCAGUAUCAUGAAGGAGCCACCUCCAUUGUCAGCGUAUACAUCCGCAUGCGCCAGUUUUUGCCCGUCUGCCUGUUUUCUGAUUUCUCACUGAAUGACCUUUUAGCUCCUAAAAAACAAAAAACCUUGACAAUUCUGAGUGCUAUCAUGAACUUCCUUCACUUCAGAAAGCAGAGGAUGGAGGUGGUCUUGGAGAAACAAGCCAGAUUUAGGGCAGACAUGGACAGGCUUCAGACCUAUGUCAGAUUCAAUAAAGAAGCUGAGAAGAAGAUUGAGGUUCUUACGACCAUUCCCCCGGAGCAGCAGGCUGAGGCUGACGAACUUGCUGCUGCUCUUUCUGAACUACAGGCCACCACAGUUCAUGAGUAUCAGGAAGUGAACAUGAAAAAUGACAGCAUUGCUGAGUGGAAAACUAAAAUUGCAGAGAAAACUCAGAAACUGGCCCAAGUCAAGGUGGAAGUCACAAACUUGAAGGAGGACAUUAGCAAACUCAAGUCUCAGAUUGUAGAGUCUCCUGAGGAACUUAAGAGCCAAAUGGAGAAGAUGAGGGACAAUGUCAAGAACAUCAAAAUGUCCAUUGAACAAGCAGAUGAGUAUGUGGUGGAGCUGCAGAGUAUGGUGCAGGCUAUGGGCCUCACUGAAGCUGAGACUCAGCAGACAUAUGGGCUGCUGCUGGAGCUGGAGGACAGCAUAAAUAACACCAAGCAGAUGCAAGAGGAGAACCAGGAGCUGACAGCGCAAUAUGAGAAGAAGCUGAAAGAACUGAAGAACCUGUGUCUGGAGGAGGGUCAGCUGAAGCGAGCGCUUGGCAUGAAGCAGGACAAGGAGUCCAAGCAGAACAUCCGCAGGCAGAAGCAAAAGGAAAUGAAAGAGCAGCACGUACAGGAUGUGUUGGGGCAGUGCAACCAAAUCCACCAGAAACGUGAAGAGAUGGCCAACAAAAUCCAGGAGAUCACCAAUGAGACCCAGCACCUGAAGGCCAAAAUCCAGAGUCUGAGAGAUGUGUGCAACAAAGAGACAAUGAAGGCCCAGGCUCUUUUUGACACACUCUCUGCUUCAAUGGAUAAGCUGCACCAACGAAUUGACAUGAAUAUUGUAGACCUGAACCAAGAUAUCUCCAGAAUGUCUGCUAAUUUUUAAAUAGAUUUUAUUACAAAUUUGUCAGUGUACUUCACUAUAUCCCUGUACAUAUUCCAUUAUGUUUACUUGUUGAUGCUCUCUGUAAGUAGAAACACUUUUUCUACUAGCAUUUUAUUGUUCUGUGUACUGUGCUGUUUAUAAAUUGCUUUUACAUCUACAUAAUAAUAUUAUUCCUAAGUGUGAAAUAUGCCUUUUUUAAAUUAACACAUAAUGCAUAAAACAAAUUGAAUUGAAAACAAA